GUUUAGCAUAAUAAAUAACGAACUUAGACACAAACAGACAGUCCCACAUGCUAGCUACUGUAUAAACCUGUGUGUCUUCUGCCCCUACCAUUCACUAGAACCAGUUCUAAUCCAUCUCACAUCACGCAUUUAAUUUGUUAGCUGGGGUCAUGAAUAACCACACUUCCUUCAACCCAAGAGAGACUGCAGGGAAGGCUAUCACUUGCAAUGCUGCCGUCUUGAGGGCUCCAAAACAACCUUUUGUCCUAGAAAAGAUUCAGGUUCAUCCCCCACAGAAGAUGGAGCUCCGAAUCAAGAUCCUCUACACUUCUGUCUGUCACACUGAUCUCAGCUUUUGGAAAGGCGAGAACGAAGCUCAGCGAGCAUUUCCGCGAAUACUAGGCCAUGAAGCGGUCGGAGUGGUCGAGAGCGUCGGAGAUGGAGUUACUGAUGUGAAAGAAGGAGAUUAUGUGAUUCCAAUCUUCAAUGGAGAAUGUGGUGAUUGCAUAUACUGCCGCAAAGGGACGACUAAUCUGUGCGGAAAAUUUAGAAUAAACCCAUUCAAGAGCGUAAUGACAAAUGAUGGAAAGUGUAGGUUUUCAAGCGAGGAUGGGAAACCCAUAUAUCAUUUUCUCAACACCUCCACUUUCACAGAGUACUCGGUGCUUGACUCGGCUUGUGUUGUGAAGAUAGAUCCUAAAUCUCCACUCAAGAAAAUGAGUUUGUUAAGUUGUGGUGUUUCUACAGGGGUGGGAGCUGCGUGGAAGGUUGCCAAUGUGCAGGCUGGAUCAAGUGUCGCAAUUUUCGGAUUGGGUGCCGUGGGCCUUGCCGUAGCUGAAGGAGCUGGAGCCAGAGGAGCAUCCAAAAUCAUAGGUGUUGAUGUCAACCCAGAAAAAUUCGACAAAGGCAGAAUAUUUGGGAUUACAAAUUUUGUAAACCCUAAGGAUAGCUCAAAGCUGGUGCAUGAGACAAUCAGGGAAAUGAGUGGGGGAGGCGUAGACUACAGUUUCGAAUGCACAGGAAGCUUGGAGGUUCUUCGAGAAGCUUUCAUGUCCACUCACGAUGGGUGGGGAAAGACGGUGUUAAUAGGUAUUUAUCCAACUCCAAAAUCGUUGCCUAUCCAUCCAAUGGAGUUGUUUGAUGGUCGGACCAUCACCGGAACAAUUUUCGGUGACAUCAAAGGGAGGACCCAGCUGCCUGAUCUUGCUAGAGAUUGCAUGCAAGGGGUUUUAAAUCUGGACGGGUUUAUAACCCACGAGCUUCCCUUCCACAAGAUCAACGAAGCCUUUGGGCUUCUAACGGAUGGCAAGGCCUUGAGAUGUCUUCUACUUCUCUGAUUAUUUUCCGUGCGAGUUACUGUUGUGUUUCAAUUAAUUAUAAUAAUAAAAAAUACAUAUUUUUAUUUACAAAUGAAAUGAAUUCUCAUACUUCACUUUAGAAUUUCAUUUGUCAAUAAGAAAAUCAGCGCGCUGAACGAUUUAAUUGUA